UAUUUUAGCGAAAAAAAAAUACGCAUGACAUAGUUUCACGAAACGAACCACAUCAAGCCACGUCACUACACCCCUACGCGGCGAGUCACACCGCAAAGCAACCCUCUCGUUUCUCUCCCUCCCUCCUCCCUCCUCCAUUCUGAUCGUCAUCAUCAUCAACUAACUUCUCUCAUUUUCCUACCUCUCACUUCAUCUUAUUACUCUCUUUCUCUUCCUCAUGACGGACCCAAUCGAACCUUCCACAUCAUGCGGGACCACCGUAAUUCACCCAAGGCGCGAGCCAUUCGACCACGGCCUUUUACCCAUCCAAAAACUCAUCUUCUCCGACCCCACACAAUCCCUAACAGCAUUAAAAAAGAAGCUUCUCGACUCGUCCUCCAACCACCGAGUCGACUCAGCAGCAAUCUCCGAUUCCCUUCAGAUCUCAACCGACCACGCUAAACUUCUCCUCGAUACCCUAGCUUCCGUUCACCACUCCGACUCCGAACCUCUUGUUCGUAACGAACCUGGCCAAAACGACGCCGUUGGUGCCGACGUUCACGAUCUGGUUCUGUUGCUUUACAUUCAAUCGUAUAAAAGGUUACUCCCUCGUUCUCAUAAAGACUCUGCUUCCGUUGCUGAUGUUUGGCCUUCUACUUCCGCUUUCGAUGGUUACUUUUCUGCUCUCUCUCCGCUUCAACUUAUGCGUAGCAACAGUCGGCGUUUUAUGCCAUCACAGGCUGAUGAAGAGGCACAUCAGUUAUUGUAUCUGCAAAAGCACCUGGGUAACAUUCUAUCACUUCUAGCCGAGCCAGGAGAGGGGGAAGGGGAAGGCGAAGAAUCACUGGUUUUAACUAUGGAUAGAUUUGAGCACCUUGGGUUCCUGGUUCAGUUUGGCGAUAAGGCUGAAGGAAAUUGUUUGAGUCAAUCAUCUCCAUUUUUUGCAAAUUCAGAUCCUGACAUGCCUGCGGUUCCCGUUCCUCUUGCACAAGUUCAUGAUUGGCUCAUGCAAAAUAUAACUUCUGCUUUGGAACAUAUUUCGGAAAGGACUUCUGCUAAGGAAAAUGGGCCAGCCAGUGCCACUGAUCAGGAUGUUGCUAUGACUGAUGCAUGCACUGUCUCAGCUAAGUCCUCAACAAGUACUAGAGAUUCAAGUUUCAUUGAAGGGAUCUCUAAAUCGUCCUAUGUGAAGCAUGCAUCUGACAUUAAAGGUUCCUCAGUUAAGGUUCUAAAUUGCCAAGAAUCUACCAUCUAUGUCUUAGCACCUUUGAGAUAUGCCAUUGUCUAUGGAUGCUCAGAUGCUACAAUAGUUCUUGGAGCAGUUGGCAAGGCUGUGAGAGUAGAACACUGUGAACGAGUUCAUGUGAUUGUUGCUGCAAAACGGAUUUGUAUUGCUAACUGCCGUGAAUGUGUUUUCUUUUUGGGAGUGAACCAGCAACCUCUUAUGGUUGGUGAUAACCAUAAACUUCAGGUGGCACCGUAUAAUACAUGUUACCCCCAAUUGACAGAGCACAUGAGUGAAGUUGGAAUUCUGCCCACAGUGAACAGAUGGAAUGAAACUCUGGCUUUGGGCAUGCUUGAUCCUCACGAUUCAUUAUCUCAUCCCGCUGGUGUCUCUGAUGCUCAAGCUGAGUCUGCUACAUGUGUGGACCCUGAUCAGCUCACAAAUUUUGUGAUACCAAACUGGCUUGUAGGAGAGUCCACUGGAUCUACAAAAGACAACCCAUUUGCAUUACCGGAUGCAUAUGCAGCAUCUCAACUUAGAAAUCAAAAAAGUUUAGGGGAGUUAAGGCAACUAAUACAGGAAGCUUCUUUAGAAGAGAAUCGUAAACGAGAAUUUUCGUCUGUGCUUCAUGUGCACUUCAAGGACUGGUUACAUGCUUCAGGGAACAUUCGUCAACUUUACUGUCUGCAAGGAGAAUAAUCUUCCACCACAGAGAAUAUAUAUGAUAUGAUACAGUUAAUUAAUGACAUUAAAGGGCAAAGGUUUCUUCUGGUUUCCUUUUUGAUACUUCAAUUUCGGUUGCCUAUUCAAUUGGUCGCACAGGUAGCUGAGAUCAGAUUAUGUGAAUUAGAGUACUCCACAUACACUAACGCGGUCAAAUCACACUGCACAGAAUGGAACAAAAAUACAAGCGGUUAUUUGAGUAUAAUGAUAUUUUUUUUAUGAUAUAACUGCUCUAAUAUUAUGUGAUUCUAAAUUAAUGACAUUUUUUUUUUAUAUAAAAAAUACACCAAGUACUAGAUAUUUUGGGCUUUUUUAGACUUUGCCCCAUCAAGGAAAGAAUGAACAAUUCUUUUGCAUUUGAAUCAAAAUAACCCCAUGCAUUGUAAAUGGGUUGGUAAUA